UUUGCAAAUCGAUAAUCCAAACAAAUUCUUCUCCAAGAAGCCAACCAUUAUCUAUUGAAGCAUCGUUAAAUAUAUAACAAGAGCGCGAAACCAUCAUCAAAUACUCAAAUACUUCGGUUUAAAAACAGACAAAAAAAAACAAAAAUAAUAAUAAUAUAUUUACCACACGCAAUAAGAAUCAUUGAUUUGUAAAAGAAAUGGAAUUGCGAGUUGGUAAUAAAUACCGCCUGGGUCGAAAAAUUGGCUCAGGUUCUUUUGGCGAUAUUUACCUAGGCACCACAAUUAACACAGGCGAAGAAGUCGCCAUUAAAUUAGAAUGUAUACGCACGAAACACCCUCAACUGCACAUCGAGUCGAAAUUUUAUAAGACCAUGCAAGGCGGCAUAGGUAUACCGCGCAUCAUCUGGUGUGGCUCUGAAGGUGAUUACAAUGUCAUGGUGAUGGAGUUAUUAGGUCCAUCAUUAGAAGAUCUAUUCAAUUUCUGUUCGCGACGUUUUUCGCUAAAAACAGUACUAUUACUCGCCGAUCAAAUGAUAUCACGCAUCGAUUACAUACAUUCUCGUGAUUUCAUACAUCGAGACAUAAAACCGGACAACUUCCUCAUGGGUUUGGGCAAAAAGGGCAAUCUAGUUUAUAUAAUUGACUUUGGACUGGCGAAAAAAUUCCGCGAUGCCCGCUCACUGAAACACAUACCCUAUCGGGAAAACAAAAAUCUCACGGGCACUGCACGCUAUGCGUCGAUCAACACACAUUUGGGCAUUGAACAGUCACGUCGCGAUGAUUUGGAAUCGCUCGGUUACGUGUUGAUGUAUUUCAAUUUGGGUGCACUGCCUUGGCAAGGCCUGAAAGCUGCCAACAAACGUCAGAAGUACGAACGCAUCUCAGAAAAGAAACUGUCGACGACAAUAUUGUCGUUGUGCAAAGGCUUUCCAAGCGAAUUUGUCAACUAUUUGAAUUUCUGCCGUCAAAUGCAUUUUGAACAGCGGCCCGAUUACUGCUAUUUAAGAAAACUCUUCCGCAAUUUGUUCCAUCGCCUCGGCUUCACCUAUGACUACGUCUUCGACUGGAAUCUGCUGAAAUUUGGCGGACCACGCAAUCCGCAAGCCAUACAGCAACAACAGGACGGUGGCGGCGAAUGCCAAACAGGACAAGAGGCGUCCGCAUCACAACAACAACAUCAGCACAAUCAGAAGCAAAUUGCUGGUGGUGUCGCUGCCGUAGGCAGUGCACAAAUUAUUAACUCAGGUGGAGGUGGUGGCGCACAAACGUUGGUUAGUAGUAGUGGUGCGAUGGUUGGCGGUGGUGGCACUUCCCAAAUGGUGGUUGGCAGUGGUAAUGGUGGCGGUGGUAUAAAUAUGGACGAUUCGAUGGCGGCCACGAACUCAUCACGUCCCCCAUACGAUACACCAGAACGACGUCCAUCGAUUCGCAUGCGUCCAGGUGGUGGUGGAGGCGGCGGCGGUGUGCAACCGGGCGUUGUCAACGACGUGAGAAACGCAAAAUAAUAUUUUAUUGUUUAGAUUUGAAGUACAUAUAUAAAUAUAUAUAUAUAUAUAUAUAUAUAUAUAUAUACUAUAUAUAUAAAUAUAUAUAUAUAUUUACGUUUACAUAAUUGAACGCUAGUUAAUAGAGUAUAGGUCAGGUCGUCUUCAUAUAGAUUUAGAAAUUUUAGAUUUUGAAAUUUGUUUAAUUUCAUUUCACUCGCUGAGCACUGGUCAUUGUUGGCGUUGUGUUUGAGUUUCGAAAUGACAAACCGACACACCAACAAUGACACAGUACUUUUUGCCAAGCUGGAAAGGCAAAACGCGCUAAGAAAAAUUCAUGAAAUGUAUAGAAAAAACACAAGCCCACAUUAAACAACUUUAAAGCAGUGAUAACUCACUAAAAAUCGUAACAAAUAAAUAUUUAGGGAGUUCACAAGGUGUUGUUCUGUUGUAUGUCGUAAACUUUAAAAGCUUAAAUAAAUGUUUAGAGGACUUCAAACCACAGCCAACUACUUUUCAACACUAUGAAAAUUCAUAUUAUGACUUAUGGUAGCUUGCGAAAACCCUUCAUAUAUUUUUAGCCGUUUAAAGUUUACGACAUACAACAAUACGACAGUAUACAUCACCUUGUGAACUUCCUAAUUAUAUACAAAAUUAAUUAUCACGCGCAGUAAUAAUGCAUAAAUAUUUAAUGGAAAGAACUGCGUUAAGCUGUUUAGUUGGCGCAGUAAAACCACCCACUUAUUUCAUGUGCUGCAAAGCAACAACAAAACACUUAUAAAUAAUACACAACUUUGCAAAAAUCUGAAUGCAAGUACAUAGUAUGUAUUCAUUUAAAAUACACACACACAAACACUUUAUAUACAUAUAUGCAUACUAGAAUAUUCAUAUAUAAAAAGUACUUCUAAUAUAUAAGUUUAUAUUCCUAAAUUUAAACUGGUCCUCUAGGCAUUGUUUGCGAAUCUGAAAUCAAAGCAUGGCAGAAAAGUACCAACAAAACAAAAAACAAAGCAAAGAGAAGUUAAGCAGAAUAAUCAUAAAAAUGAAAAAAUACGCAAAAAUAUAUAACAGAGAAAGAAAUUAAUGUGUAUACUUAAAAAUAGCAAAAUGAAACAAUGGAUGUAAUUAACACAAAAAUAAUAUGAAUGAUUCAAAAUUUAUUGAAAAUGUACGUGAAUAGCCAGUCAGUCAGUCCGACAUUGCUAAUGUGAAAUUCGAUGCUACAUAAAAAUUUAUAAUUCGUGCAAAAUGUUAUGCGUACAUACACAAAUACAUAUUAUGUAAUUGAAUGAAUGAAUAGUUGUAGGUAGUUGUGCGAAAAUUUAUCGAGCCUUUGUUGCAGGAGUGUGAGCACUGCAUUGUUACAGGCCACCCUCUUCACAAAAUAUUCACAUGCAUACCAAUAGGUUUGCAUUGUAUGUAUAUUUAUAUAUAAACAUUCUUUAAGUUUAAUACCUAUUCAUUAUUUUUAUUAAAAUGGAAAGAAAUUCUGAAAAAACCACUUUAUUUUGGAAAUUUUAAAACAAAAACGAAAAACUGAUUCUAUGUUUUCCCUUUUAACUGCUGCUUAUACCUGGGGCAUACCAUUUACAGUGAAUUCCACAAGUAAUGUACUAUAAAAGCUGGUUCUACAUUAGAUUUAUUAGAAAUCGGCUGUUGUAAAACUAGCGAUCACGUUAUAUAAUUUUGUUUAUUGAGUUUCAAAAUGUACAUAUAUGUAUCAACUUAAACUGGGCACAGUUUACUAGCUGGGAAUAUUUUCUAGAUUUUAUUUGUAUGUUUCGAACUUAUUAACGGUCAACCAGUUUUAAAUUGAUUUCAACGAAACUGAGAUUUUGAUUCUUUAAUGCUUGAAUUAUCGUUUGUGAUUUUUUAAUCGCUGUCAAUUGUGUUUCUCAGAGCACUUGAGACUCCCGGACUAUGUAUUGCAAUAUGCACACCGAGGGUAAAAUGUUUACCAUAACGCAAAGGAACAAAUUCUUUGCUACGUUGCCUUUGUGCAUAUCGUUAGUGUACAAAAAAGCCACGACUAACUUAAAAAUCUUAUAUUGCAUAAGAUUGGGAUUUUGGAUUUUUAGUUAGUUACGGUUUUUUAUAUAUCA